UAGACAAUUAAAUUGUCAUUUGUCAAAUAUUUGGUUUCGAGUAUUUGAUGGGAUCAUUAGCAAGCAAAGUUGUUCGGUCAUCUAAAAUGGCUAAUUCCGCGGAGGUUCAACAAUUUAUUAAAGAUGCAAUUUCCCAAGAAAAAGUUGUAGUUUUUUCUAAGUCAUAUUGUCCAUACUGUAAACUAGCCAAGGAUGUUUUUAGCAAAGUAAAGCAACCAAUUACGGUUUAUGAGCUUGAUGAGCGAGAUGAUGGGUCAUCUAUCCAAGAGAAUCUUGCACAAAUUACUGGCUUUAGGACUGUACCACAAGUUUUUAUUAAUGGCACUUGUGUUGGAGGAGGUUCUGAUGUAAAAAACCUGUAUGACUCGGGAAAGCUAGAGCCUAUGCUUAUUGGAUAAAAAAAAUUUAACAAACAUUGACAAUAAAAAUUGUAUUCAAAAUAUUGUACUUGAUAUUUUAUCAACAAAAUAAUUAAAAAUGCCUAUUUAUUGUAUAUUCAACAAACAAAAAUAUUUUUUAUUAGUGCUUGCUUAAAUUAUUCAUAAAUUCAAUGUUAAAAGAUAAUAAUUUAAAUUAAAAAAAAAAAACGAUUUAUAUAAUGCUUGUUAUUCUAUAUUUUUAUUUUAUUAUUUUUAAAUAAAUGAAAAUAAAGAUCC